GCUCGUCCUUCGUCGCCCUCAGUCCACGAUCGCAUCCUCCCGCCCAGCGAAUAAGCCGAUACUCUGUCUGCAAUGUCGCAUCUUCUUGCUCUCCUCGCCGCAUAUCUGCAUGUCGACACCCCCAAGGCCGCUCAGGCCACGGAUCUGCUCGCACAAGCUCACUCGCUGGUCCUUGCCCACAAGACCUCUGCGUCGCUCCUGGGAUCGACCGAGACCGACAAGGCCGAGAUCGUCCAGUGGCAGCUCGCCGCUAUCGACUCCCUGAAGCAAAAUUUGACCUCCAAGGACAAGCUCCAGGAGACGGUCGAGCAUCUCAACACCCAGCUUUCGUCUCGAGUGUAUCUCGUAUCGCACCACCUCACCCUGGCCGAUAUUUUCGUCUAUGACGCCAUCUACACCACCGCCGCCAAGAUGUCAGUCGCUGAUAAAAUCAAGUAUGCCAACUUUACCCGCUACUUUGACCUGAUCCAGCACAUCCUCCACGAUGGGCUCAAGACCCCUUCGGAGUACUACCACCUCGUCGACAUCUCGUUCGACUAUCCUUUCGAGGAAAAGCCGGCUGUGGAAAAGAAGUCCCCGGCUGUGGAAAAGAAGCCCCCGGCUGGAGCCCCCAAGGGCAAGGCUGCCGCUGCCGCUGCCGACGCUCCGCUUGCCCAAACUGCCGGCAAGGCUGAGAAGGAGCCCAAGAAGGCCGAGAAAGAUUCCAAGACUGAGAAGCAAUCCAAGAAGGCCGAGAAAGAGCCCAAGGCCGAGCCUGCCGCAGGUGCUGCUGCGGCCUCCUCCGACCCCGACCCCAGCCGACUCGACAUCCGCGUUGGCCUGAUCCAGUCCGUCGAGCGACACCCCGAUGCCGAGUCCCUCUACGUUGAGCAGGUCGAUCUUGGCGAGGGUGCUCCACGAACCGUUGUGUCGGGUCUGGUCAAGUACAUGGAGGCUAGCGAGCUCGAAAACAAGCUGGUCCUGCUGCUCUGCAACCUCAAGCCGGCCAAGAUGAGAGGCAUCGAGAGCCAGGCCAUGGUUCUGGCGGCCACUGGCGCCGACGGCACGGUCGAGCUCAUCAACGCUCCCAAAGGCAGCAAGCCUGGCGAUCGAGCCCACUUUGACGGACACCAGGGCGAGCCCGAGGCCCAGCUGAACCCCAAGAAGAAAGUCUUUGAGGCCAUCCAGCCCCACCUCCGAACCGACGCAAAGAAGCGCGCAUGCUUUGUGGAGCCGUCGUCUGGAAAGGAGUGUGUGCUGAAGACCGCCAAGGGCGAGUGCACGGUGAAGAGCGUGGUCGGCGCUUCGAUCAAGUAAGCGUGUGGGAGCCCCCAAUACAGCACACAGAUAUCGGUCA